GGAGAGCGCGUGGGCGGCGGGGAGAGGAUGAGAAUCCCUGGGACCCGCCACUGAGCUAGCACGAGCGGCGGGAAGGCCAGCCUCGCUGUUCCUCCGGGAGCCCAACACCGUUCCCGCGCCGCCAGGAUGAUCCCCCCGAGCGGCGCCCGCGAGGAUGGCGUGGACGGGCUGCCCAAGGAGGCGCCGAGCGCCGAGCAGCCGCCCUCUCCAGCAUCCACCAGCAGCCAGGAAUCCAAGCUCCAGAAACUAAAACGAUCACUUUCUUUCAAGACCAAGAGUUUACGGAGCAAAAGCGCUGACAACUUCUUCCAGAGAACCAACAGCGACGUGAAGCUGCAGGCGGACAUGCUGGCUGAGGUCAGCCCCAGCUCCAGCCCACUCCCCGCCUCUGGAAGCCUGACAUCCACACCCACCAGGACCGGCCUGCACCCAGGGGCUGGUGUCAAGGCCCACGCCUUUCAGGAGCAUAUCUUCAAGAAGCCCACUUUCUGUGAUGUCUGCAACCAUAUGAUCGUGGCCUGUGGCAAUAAGGUGGACCCUGUCUAUGAGACCCUCCGCUUCGGCACCUCCCUGGCCCAGAGGACCAAGAAGGGCAGCUCCGGCAGUGGCUCUGAUUCGCCUCACAGAACCUCUACUUCAGAUCUCGUGGAGGUUCCUGAAGAACCUGACGGGCCAGGAGGUGGGUAUGACCCACGGAAACGCAGCAACAGUGUAUUUACUUAUCCAGAAAAUGGCACUGACGAUUUCAGACACCAAGCGAAGAACAUAAACCAACAGGGAUCUCUUUCCAAAGAACCAUUACAGAUGAACACCUAUGUUGCCUUGUACAAAUUUGUACCACAGGAGAAUGAAGAUUUGGAAAUGAGGCCAGGAGACAUGAUUACUCUUCUAGAAGACACCAAUGAAGACUGGUGGAAAGGGAAAAUUCAAGACAGGAUUGGCUUCUUUCCAGCCAACUUUGUUCAGAGAGUACAACAAAAUGAGAAGAUUUUUAGAUGUGUUAGGACCUUCCUUGGGUGUAAAGAACAGGGGCAGAUGACGCUGAAAGAGAAUCAGAUCUGCGUGACUUCCGAAGAGGAGCAGGACGGCUUUAUCAGAGUCCUCAGUGGAAAGAAGAAAGGCCUCGUCCCCCUGGAUGUCCUAGAAAACAUCUGAUUGCUGGCCCCUCCUUCCUUUGCAGUGGCCGGGCUCCGCUGCUAUGCCUCAUCUCACACUGUGUUCACGCAGAGGAGCUGCCGCACUGACCCGCCCCCCCCUCCCCGGGAAACAGUGAGACAAGACUCACGGAUCUGAGACUGGGGUACCAGCCACAAGACAGAGGCCCCAUCUCACAGCAUUGCCGGGCUGCC